CUUUACUAUAAACAUUGCCAGUACAGCUUGCUUUUUUAGCAUAACAGAAGAGCUGCUGCAAGUACUUUAAUUUGUUGAAGAAAUCAACAUACAUAGAAUCAUGACUCAGCACUCGAGCGCAAUGGUGAAGGAGAUGAAUUCUAAAGAACUGGAGAAGAAGGUCUGCAACGGGUCUUUGUCUUUCCUGGAGGAGAAGACCAAGAGAGUUAUGUACAAAGAGUGCAGGAAAAACCAUGCUGCUAAUAUUGGUAGACAUGCAGUGGAUGGUUGUCACGAAUUUAUGCCCGCCGGGGAAGAAGGAACAAGUGCGGCUUUCCAAUGUGCUGCUUGCACCUGCCACCGGAAUUUCCACAGGAAGGAGGUUGAGAAUGAGUACUUCUACUGUGGUUGUUCUUCCAUAUGCGCCACACCAAAAUAAUAAUUUGCAGUGUUAACCCUGAUGUAGGUGUCUCUUUUAUAUGGUAUCUGCUAUUUUUCUUAUUAGAUCUAGAUUUUGGAUCUAGGGUUUUGAAAAUGUAAACUAUUUUUGCAUAGUUUUAUAUAUUAUGUUCUUAGUUGG